AUGUCCUUCCACGCCGCCUGUGAACCCUCCUCAACUGCCGUCUCUCCCGUCGAUCUAUUCCUCUACGACGUCUUCCUGAGCUUCAGAGGUGCCGACACUCGGCACGGCUUCGUCAGCCAUCUCUACAACGCGCUCCGGCAGAGAGGGAUCAGCACGUUCAAGGACGAUCAGAAUCUCGACCGCGGGAAACCAAUAACGCCGGAGAUUCCCCGGAAGAAGAGGUCACCGCCGGCGAAGCUGCUGCUGCCUGCUGGUGGGUGGAGGCUGCGCGAAAAGGGAGAGGCUGCAAGGAGUGGUGGAUUCCGCUGGGGAGUCGGAGGUUGUGGAGAAGAGGAUGGCGGCGGAAACAAGAAUCGGCAGCGAGUGUAGAUCUGCUGCUUCUUUUUUUUUUUUUUGGUCGAGAUCUGCUGCUUCUUCUUCUUCUUCUUCCUGUAUUUGGGAUUUUUUUUUAUUUAAGAUUUGGGAAUGGGAUGAAUCUGGACAUAUUUUGGGGAAGGUGAAGUGGGUCUCGGUUGGCCCGGUUAGUCGGAUAAUCGCGGUUAAUCACCGUCGGUUACUCGGUCAACCGACCCCUUCCUUUUCCCAUCCGACCACCGAUCGUCAAGGUAACCGGUCGGUUUUCGGUUAGCUGGUAACCGGCAGUUUUCGGUUAAAACCGGCGGUUACCCGCUAACCGCAAACCGAAAUGCCAGCCCUACAUAAAAGCCAGUGAUAUUGGUAGAAGGAGCAUGGACGGAAGAUGGUUGAGUAGUGGUGGUUCCUUAAAAUGUUUCAUCUUUAAUAGUGAGAAAAUUGAGAAUACGACUUCGUCAAUUUGUUCAUUCUACAG